ACCGCCUCCGACCACGGCUCCCCGCGCCGCCGCUCAGCCACCACCUAUCUGACCGUGACCGUGAGCGACACCAACGACCACGAGCCGGUGUUCGAGCAGCCCGAGUACCGGGAGAGCAUCCGCGAGAACCUGGAGGUGGGUUACGAGGUGCUGACCAUCCGCGCCACCGACGGCGAUGCCCCAGCCAACGCCAACAUGCUUUACCGCCUGCUGGAGCCGGGAGCUGGCGACGGCGUCUUCGAGAUCGACCCGCGCUCCGGGGUCGUGAGGACCCGAGCCCCGGUGGACCGCGAGGAGGUCUCCGAGUACCACCUGGUGGUGGAAGCCAACGACCAGGGCAAGGAUCCAGGACCCCGCAGCGCCACGGCUAUGGUGCACAUCACCGUCGAGGAUGAGAACGACAACUACCCUCAGUUCAGCGAGAAACGCUACCUGGUCCAGGUGCCAGAGGAUGCCCCCGUGAACAGCCAGAUCCUGCAGGUGCAGGCCACGGAUCGGGACCGGGGCAGCAAUGCCCAGGUGCACUACAGCAUCGUGAGUGGCAACCUGAAAGGCCAGUUCUACAUCCACUCCUUCUCCGGUGCCAUCGACCUGAUCAACCCUCUGGAUUAUGAGACUCUUCGGGAGUACACGCUCCGGAUCAAAGCCCAGGACGGGGGCAGGCCUCCCUUGAUCAACUCCAGCGGCAUGGUGUCGGUGCAGGUCGUGGACGUGAAUGACAACGCCCCCAUCUUUGUGAGCACUCCCUUUCAGGCCACGGUGCUGGAGAACGUUCCUCUGGGCUACUCGGUGCUGCACAUCCAGGCCGUGGACGCUGACUCCGGGGAGAACGCCCGCCUGGAGUACAAACUCAUAGAGAUGGCACCCUCCGCCGGAGGUGCCCCUGCAGCAGGUGACUCGGGGUUCCCUUUUCAGAUCAACAAUAGCACGGGGUGGAUCACGGUGGCUGCAGAGCUGGACCGAGAGACUGUGGAGAACUAUCACUUUGGGGUGGAAGCCAGGGACCAUGGCGUGCCGGUCAUGACCUCCUCAGCCAGCGUGUCCAUCACUGUCCUGGACGUCAAUGACAACAACCCCACCUUCACGGAGAAGGUGUAUCACCUCAGACUGAACGAGGACGCGGCUGUGGGCAGCAGUGUCCUGACCCUGACAGCAGUGGACAGGGACGUGAACAGCGUUGUGACUUACCAGAUCACCAGUGGCAACACCAGGAACCGUUUUGCCAUCACCAGUCAGAGCGGAGGGGGGCUGAUCACGCUGGCCUUGCCCCUGGAUUACAAGCAGGAAAGGCAGUAUGUGCUCACAGUCACCGCCUCUGACGGCACUCGCUUUGACACCGUCCAGGUCUUCAUCAACGUCACGGAUGCCAACACACACCGCCCGGUCUUCCAGAGCUCCCACUACACAGUGAGCGUCAGCGAGGACAAGCCCAUCGGCACCUCCAUUGUCACCAUCAGUGCCACCGAUGAAGACACGGGGGAGAACGCGAGAAUCACUUACAUUUUGGACGAUAACAUCCCCCAGUUCCGCAUCGACCCUGACACAGGCACCAUCACCACCCUGAUGGAGCUGGACUAUGAGGACCAGGCCUCCUACACGUUGGCCAUUACAGCCCAUGACAAUGGCAUCCCCCAGAAAUCGGACACCACCUACGUCGAGAUCCUCAUCCUGGAUGCCAAUGACAACGCGCCCCGCUUCCUGCGCGACCGCUACCAGGGCUCGGUUUUCGAGGAUGUGCCGCUCUCCACCAGCGUCCUGCAGCUGUCUGCCACCGACCGCGACUCGGGCCUCAAUGGCCGUCUCCUCUACACGUUCCAAGGUGGUGACGAUGGAGACGGAGACUUCUACAUCGAACCCACUUCUGGAGUGAUACGCACACUGCGCAAGCUGGACCGCGAGAACGUGGCUGUCUACAGCCUGCGGGCCUUUGCUGUGGACAGGGGCAGCCCACCGCUGAAAGCCUCUGUGGAUAUCCAGGUGACUGUGCUGGACAUCAACGACAACCCCCCUGUCUUUGAGAAGGAUGAAUUUGACAUCUUUGUGGAGGAGAACAGCCCCGUGGGCUCUAUUGUGGCACGGAUCAGUGCAGCUGACCCCGAUGAGGGGACCAAUGCACAGAUCAUGUACCAGAUCGUAGAGGGGAACAUCCCUGAGGUCUUCCAGCUGGACUUGCUCAACGGAGACCUCACGGCCCUGAUGGACCUGGAUUAUGAGAGCCGGACAGAGUACGUGAUCGUGGUGCAGGCCACUUCUGCCCCUCUUGUGAGCCGGGCGACAGUGCACAUCCGCCUCCUGGAUCAGAACGAUAACCCGCCCGUGCUGCAGGACUUCCAGAUCCUUUUCAACAACUACGUGACCAACAAGUCUAACAGCUUCCCCUCUGGCGUGAUUGGCAAGAUCCCAGCUCAUGAUCCCGAUGUGUCCGACAGCCUGGCCUACACCUUUGUGCAAGGCAAUGAAUUAAACUUGCUCCUUUUGGACUCUGCCACUGGGGAACUCAAACUCAGUCGCGAUCUGGACAACAACAGACCCCUGGAAGCCCUCAUGAAAGUGUCGGUCUCAGGUAAGCAAACGUUCGAGGCUCAUAAAGCGCGUAAUUCUGCUUCUCAGACCGGUAUGGGGGCAUGGGCAGAAAUAACCCACUUGCAGUUUAGUGCGCAGCUUUCGGUUCCCUGA